GGCGUUCUCAAUGAGAUAAGUAUUAUGACUGCGACAUCUCCGCCAAACUUCCUAGCAACUUUGGUGCGGCCGAGAGCUGGCAACUUUGGCCAGUUUAGCUCUCACAGACCAGCUUGCUGCCCUAUCGUCGUCGCCAGUCGAUCUACCCAGCAGCAACGAAGACAUUUCUCCCUCUCAACCUCGACUGUUGCGUAUAGGCCACAUUCUGCGUGUCCUCAUCCCCCCUUAUCUAUAACGGGCCCGGCAUCAAGGACACCAUCUGCGAGGACGACAAAAAUGUCGACGUCAAGACCGCUGUCAAGUUCGGCCUCAACUUCCUCAAGGGCCCAAACGACGGCUCGACAGAGAGAACCAAAGAGGUUUGCGCCGCUCAAUCCCAAUGCCGAGAAUGGGCAUGAGCUUCCAAAGUUGAAGGGCAUCAUCUUUGACAUGGACGGGACGUUGUGUCUUCCUCAGAAUUACAUGUUCCGGGAGAUGCGCGAGGCCUUGGGAAUACCCAGGUCCGUCGACAUACUCGACCACAUCCGCGCGCUGUCCAAUGAACCCGACAUCCCCGCCGCCGUCAGCGGCGAUAACGGGUCAAUACCACAUCCUCACUCGACAGUCAACCCGUUUCAGCUCCCUGCCGAAGAAAUCCUGUCCCCAUUUAGCGACAAAAUCCCCGAUCCGCCGCCUCUGUCGCCGCAAGCUCGCGCCGUGGCCCAGAUCCAAGCCAUCGAGCGCAACGCCAUGUCCUCACAACGGCCGCAACCUGGUCUGCAGGCCCUCAUGGAUUACCUCACUCAACGAGGCGUGAGGAAGGCACUCUGCACGAGGAAUUUCCCCGCCCCGGUGCAUCAUCUGCUGAGCAAUUACCUACCUGAGGAAGUUUUUGAGCCGAUCAUCACGAGGGAAACCGAGGGAGUGGAACCAAAACCGAGCCCGGAGGGGUUGUGGAUGAUUGCUCAAGCUUGGGGUUUGGAUGGAGAAAUUGAGGUUGGCGAAAUCCGAGAGUCGGUUGAGGCUGAUGCUGGUGAAAUUGACCCCCUGGAACUGGCCAGGAGGUAUCUGGGUUCCGGCUUGAUCAUGGUCGGUGAUAGCAUCGACGACAUGGCGGCGGGUUGGAGAGCUGGGGCGGCCACGGUGCUGUUGGCCCAAGACGAGAACCAGGAAUUAGUAAAGCACGAGUAUACAGGUCUUAGCAUCAGACGGCUCGAUGACCUUAUAGACAUCCUAGAGAAUGGAUUCGCGGAAAGCGCACAGCCAUAGAUUGAGAGAAUGGUUUUCCAAUCGGUGGUGGAAUGUGUGGAACGCAUACUCGGUACGAUCCAUGAGGUCUGGGGCUCGCAGGGGCCGGCACGCACAGCGCAAAUGGCGGUCCAAGCGUUUCUAGGGCUCUUUGAAUUUGCGACGCUGCAG